AUGAAGAGAGCAGCAUCUCCAGUGCUAAUGGAGGUGGUCACAGAGGCAGUAAGCCCUGGAGAUGUAGAUGUCAUUACGGAGAUUGUCACAGAGCUGCCCAUGCAGAGUAUCAAGCGACAGAAGACGGAGGAGGAGGAGGAGGAGGAAAUCUGUCUUGAUGAUGGAAUCAUCUACGAUGAGGAGAUCAUCCAACAACCAGCCCCUCAGUAUCAGAACCUGAUCAUCCAGCACAUGGACAUCGCCGAGCCACUGUCCACCUUGAAGCGUCUGUUGGAGAUUCGGCUGCAGUGUUCGCUGGCCGAUCACCAGUUUUACCUUCAGGAUUCCAUUGAGUUGGACAGCAGCAAAAGCCUGGUUGAUCAGUGUGUCCAGGGUGAAGGGAUGGUGCAGAUUAACCUGGAGGUCAAAUCACAGCCUGGAGUCAGUCCCAAAAUCAAUAUUCUCGAUAUACUUAAAACAGCAGAAGAUGAACUCGAAGAAAAAUAUGUUGCAGAGCAGUCCAUGCAGUCAAGCCAAGGUCAGAAUGCUAAAGUUGUUAUACCACUUCCAGAAGAGUCCGAGAAUGUGACCCGGUGGAUUGUUGACCAGAACUUUCGGCGAGAUCAAGAGAGGUUGAAGAUUCCAUUUGACCCAGCUCAGUGGAGUGAGCUGCAUGUGAAGCAUUGGAUCCAGUGGGCUGUGAAAGAGUUUCGUCUGCAGGCCGUCAAUGUCGACGCUUUUAAUUUGAAUGGAGACCAGCUGUGUGCCCUGACACACCCAGAGUUUGUGCAGCACAUUCCGCACGAUCCCGGUGAUAUCUUCUGGACUCAUUUGGAGCUCUUGAGAAAAUGCAAGUUUGUUGCUGUCAUGCAGCAGCCGACACCUCAUGCAAUCACAACCAUCACAGUUUCCACUUCUGAUGCUGAUGGGAAAUAUGGUCGAGUGAGGUCUGUGAGCAAACACAGGCCACGUUCACCGCGUAUAACAGGGGAGGAAAGAAUGUCCCCAGGGAAUCGAACAGGGAACAAUGGACAGAUCCAGCUGUGGCAGUUUCUUCUGGAACUUUUGACAGACAGAUUGUGUCGGGAGGUCAUCACCUGGGUCGGCGAGGAGGGGGAGUUCAAACUCGUUAGUCCUGAAGUUGUGGCCCAAAUGUGGGGUCAGCGCAAGAAUAAGCCGACCAUGAACUACGAAAAGUUAUCAAGGGCGUUGCGCUACUACUACGAUGGAGAUAUGAUUGCUAAGGUGCACGGGAAACGAUUCGUCUACAAAUUUGUGUGUGAUCUAAAAAUGCUACUGGGCUACUCAGCAGCAGAGCUCAGCCAGCUGGUGGGUACGUCUGAGGAGAUAUCAGUAGUUGAAAGACGGCAGCCACAGCAUGUCCGUUCAAGACCCACAUACAUUGCCACCAUCAAGAGCGAUGUUCACGCAGCAGCAGCAGCUGCACGACUCAUCGAACAACAGACAGCUACUUCUCGAAUAAUUGAGCAGCGGACGCAAGUGGUACAAACUGUCGAUUGA